ACCUUUGUGUCUACUAUCAGAAGAUGCCCCCGCAUGGAGGAUGUUUGCUCCGGAUUUCGAGGGUACGGUUGAGACCGUAGUUUGUGCGGAUGGUGAACAGGAUCACAACACUAUCAUCCGUAGUAACUUCCGGGUGCCUACUGCGGCUGCACUGGCAGUUGAGUUGCCAGUAGGCAAAGGUGAUCUUGGGGCCUUGGGGGACCCUGAAGCGAAAGGUGUGCCAAAGAGGCAAACUGUGAAGGGCGUGCGCUUCCGCCAAAAGAAGAUAAAGGAGGUCACUACUGUGCCUCACCUGGUGCCGCAGGAAGCAGGUAUCUCUCAUUCCUCUUUUCGUCGACACAAGGAUUGUGUGAUAGUAUCUGAUACCCUUGAGGGUUUGAGUACAGCCGCGGAGUCACGUUCUGGUGCUGCGAAGAAGCAGGCAGAAGAGGUGGCUGCGGGAGGGACAGCUGCGGGUCCCCCUGUGAUUGGUGAGAAGAGGAGGCCAGAGCAGAAAGCUGCUGGAGGUGUUGAAACCAAACGUCGGAGGCUAGUAACCAAAAGGUCUGCUCCGGCGCAGAAGAAACCUGCGGUUGUCGUUGGUAAGUGUAGGCUAUCUAGUGUUAACUGUUGUGUAACUGGUUCUGAUAGCUAUUUCACUUUUUUGCAGAGCGUCAAGAUGAAGAUUUUUCUAUCUUCGAUGCUCCGGAGUCCCCUCCGCGUGCCAUGGAUGCGGGUGGAGCGGAGGUGCCAUCGACACCUCCCGUCAAGGUGGUACCUGAGUCAACCGUGCAGAAGGAGGGAGCUAGCAAACGCCAAGGCGGCAAAUGUUGCCUUGGGCAAUGAAAAAGCUGCGGCUGAGGCCGCAUCAGCUAAAGCGCUGCAGGCAAAGGAUGAGGCCCUGAAGGCGCUGGAAGAGGCCAAAGCGGCCGGGGCUCGUGCCUCAAAGGCCCUUGAAGAGGCCGCGGAGAAAGAGAGCCGUUCUUCCAAGGCUGAGGUGCAGGCGCGGGAGGUCGCGGUUACGGACCUUACUGCCCGCGUGUCUGCUGCGGAGCAGCGGGCCGACGCUGCUACUGAGGCCAAGGAUGCCUUGGUGUCCUCUUUGAACCAACUGGAAGUUGACCGUGAGUGCUCAAUAACGGAAAAAGUCAAAGAAGUUGGGAGUUUAUGCACAUGUGCAUCCCUUUAUUACUUUCAUGUUAUUGAUAUCAUUUAUGCAAACACAUUACUUAUAUCACAUGCAGACUGCGAGGUAUUCGCUAUGCGACAUAUGGAGAUGUUUAAAGGGAGUGGUGAGAAGUUUGAUUGCAGAUUCAACAAAGAUAAAGAUAUUCAAGACAUGCAACUUAAGAACAUGAGGGUGAAGAUAGUAACAAAAUUGUCGUUAUCAGAGAAGAAUGCUCAUAUGGUUAUAUUUGUUAAUUUAGGAUGUAAUAUGUUGUUUGCUAUAGUUUAUGUUGGUGUUGCAUACGUGUAA